AUGAGCAUGUUCGAGGAUGGAGCUGCUAAGAACAGCAGUUCUUCGGAGGUCGAAGUCAAGAUCGACUCCAACGGAAAAGUCGACCAAGAGGCCUUGAGACACAACUUCAACUUCGACAAAGAGUUCGAGGAGUUGGAGAUUUUGGCCGCCCAGGCCAACGAAAAGCCUACCUUUGUUGACCGCAUGUUGAAUGCCGAAGCGCACCUCAACUUCAAAAACAAAAACCACAUGGUUUGGCUUUUGGGAGCCUUCGCUGCCGCCGCCGGUUUGUUGUCCGGUUUGGACCAGUCUAUUAUUUCUGGUGCUUCGAUCGGAAUGCGUGAGUCUUUGGACAUCACCGAUGAUCAAAUGUCUUUAAUUUCCGCACUCAUGCCUUUGGGUGCUGUGGCUGGUUCCAUAAUGAUGACUCCUCUUAACGAGUGGUCUGGAAGAAGAUCUGCUCUUAUUAUUUCUUGUAUCUGGUAUACUAUUGGUGCUGGUUUGUGUGCUGGUGCCAGAAGCCACCAUUUGUUGUACGCUGGUAGAUUCCUCCUUGGUAUUGGUGUUGGUAUCGAAGGUGGAUGUGUUGGUAUCUAUAUUUCUGAGUCUGUUCCUGCUAAUGUGCGUGGUAACAUUGUGUCCAUGUAUCAGUUCAACAUUGCUCUUGGUGAAGUUCUAGGGUUCGCCGUCGCCGCUAUUUUCUUCGAGGUCAAGGGUGGCUGGAGAUUCAUGGUCGGUUCGUCUUUGGUCUUUUCCACCGCUUUGUUCUUGGGUUUGUUCCUCUUGCCCGAGUCUCCUCGUUGGUUGGUCCACAAGGGUAGAUAUGGUAUGGCUUACAAUGUCUGGAAGAGAUUGAGAGACAUCACUGACGAGGGCGCCAAGUUGGAGUUCUUGGAAAUGAGACAGGCUGCUUUGCAAGAGGUCGAGAGAACCAGAGAGGAGUCUCGUCUCCAGAGUGCUGUCGAGUUGUUCACCAUCCCAAGAAACAGAAGAGCCCUUACCUACGCCGUUAUUAUGGUUACUUUGGGUCAAAUGACUGGUGUUAACGCUGUCAUGUACUAUAUGUCCACUUUGAUGCAGGCCAUCGGAUUUGGCCCUAAGGACUCUGUCUUCAUGUCUCUUGUCGGUGGUGGUUCCUUGCUUCUUGGUACCAUUCCAGCUAUCUUGUUCAUGGACCGUUUCGGUAGAAGAGUCUGGGGUUACAACAUUGUCGGUUUCUUCAUUGGUUUGGUGCUCGUUGGUGUUGGAUACCGUUUCAACAUCGACACCCAAAAGGCUGCCUCUGAGGGUGUCUACUUGACCGGUUUGAUCUUGUACUUCUUGUUCUUCGGUUCUUACUCUACCUUGACCUGGGUCAUUCCAUCCGAGUCGUUCGAUUUGAAGACCAGAUCUUUGGGUAUGACCAUCUGUUCCGUCUUCCUUUACUUGUGGGCGUUCAUUGUCACUUUCAACUUCACCAGAAUGAAGAACGCUUUCACAUACACAGGUUUGACUUUGGGAUUCUACGGAGGUAUUGCCUUCAUUGGUUUCAUCUACCAAGUCUGUUUCAUGCCUGAGACCAAGGACAAGACCUUGGAAGAGAUUGACGACAUCUUCAACCAAUCUGCCUUCACUCUUGCUCGCAAAAACCUCGCCAACCUUAAGAGAGGAAUUAUGUAA